UGUCUCUCUCAGGAGUGAGUUUUCAGAGUGGGGGGCCCCGUGUGGCUUGACCCUGGGACAGUCACUGCCCUCCCUGCCCCGCACCGCCCCCUCAGCGGCCCUGUUGGCUCGGACUUUGGCCUAGGGACAAAGUGAGGGUGGUGGCUGUGGACAGGGAGGUGGACCGCAAGAGCUAUAAAGCCUUUCUCUGCCCUCGUGGAAGCCGGUGAGGACAGCCUGCGGGAGCUGGUCUUCUCAGCGUUCCAGGUCUUCUGAAGCUAUGGGUACUCGAUACCUCCUGGUUCUGGUUCUUGUCCUCCUGGUCUUGGGAUGUGAGGUCAGGGGGGCCCACGUGCCCCAGCAAGAUGAAGCCGCCAGCCCUGCCCUGCUCACUCAGUUACAAGAAUCACUGUAUAGCUACUGGGGGACAGCCAGAUCGGCCGCCCAGGAGCUGUAUGAGAAAACAUACCUGACCACCAUGGAUGAGAAAAUCAGGGACCUAUACACCAAAAGCACAGCAGCUGUGAGCACUUACGCAGGGAUUUUCAGUGACCAGUUACUUUCUAUGCUGAAAGGAGACCAGUAGCAGCUGGGGCCCCGGCCAGGGGGGAAGGGAGAGCCCAGACCCCACAACCCCUUGGCUCCUCUGACCCGCCCCCCACUUCUCAGCAGCUGCCAGCAUCCUGUUCCCAACACUAGUCUGUCUUCUUGCAAAUAAAUUAAUA